AUGCAAUACAUCCUACUCGCUUUAUGUUGGCUCCUCUGGAUAAGACUACCUCUGUGCCAUGGGAGGGCAUUAAAAACAGUUCGACUGAAGGCGGAUGCCAAGCUGCUCUCAAAAAUUUUAAUAACAAGGAUUCAGGAACAUCCAAUUCAGCUCAAUUACCCCAGCAGUUUGAAAAGCAGUGGUUUAGACUUUAUUCCAGAUGAAGAGAUAUUGAUGAGUAUGCAGAAGAUGGAUGAAACUCUUGAAAUAUUCCAGAAUAUCCUCUCCAGUAUCCCAAUGGAGCAGGUGGAACAAAUGCUGAGUGAUAUCGAUAACCUCCGCAGCCUGUUAAAGAUUCUGAACUUUAUGAUGGGUUGUGUAGCCAGAGAACCUAGGCAGACCAACUCAUUGGAAUACUUCAAAGAGCAGCACGAAAACGCUUCGUAUACAAUGGAAAAGGUGACACUUGAACGUCUGGAGAAAACAUUAGAUGGCAUUGUCAAACAUCUAGACUAUGUCACAAGCUGUUGAGACCGUUUACAGACUGUGGUGAACACCAGGCUAUCUAGCGGUGUGGUUGACAAGGCUGGAACAUCUCCACUCUUCCACACAUGUCUAUUAUUUUUAUUCCUUAAGCUACAGACCAAAAUCCUUAAAUUUCCUUAAAUUUCCACAUCACGUCUUCCCAACCUAAAUGAAGGAAUGGCAAACAGAGAAGUGGCAUUUUGAAAUCAAUCUUGACUUCCGCUUUCAUUUGGGACCAGAGAAACAUGACAAGCAGCCUUACUUUUAGACUUCCAGAUGAAUUGCACUAAUUACUUUAGCCCUCUGACAACUUUCCUAGGUUACUAUUUGGUAUCUAAUAAUGGCUCAAUGUGAAGUCAUCUUUUUUAUG